AAAGGAAAAAAUAAAUGAGGUGAAAAGAAGAACAGAAACAGCACAGUGAAAGAGAGAGAGACGUGGCGUUCUAGGCCGACGGAGGAGAGGCGAAACCGCCGUGAAUCGAGAAGAUCCCUAUCCUAUCAUGGGUGCUCCUAAGCAAAGGUGGACAUCAGAAGAAGAAUCGGCUCUCAAAGCCGGCGUUCAAAAACACGGUGUCGGAAAAUGGAGUGUCAUACUUAAAGAUCCCGAGUUUAAUCCAGUAUUGCGAUUGCGCUCGAACGUGGAUCUUAAGGAUAAAUGGCGAAAUUUGAAUUGCAUGGUAAAUGGAUUGGGGUCUCGAAACAGGGGAAAUAGUGCAAAUAAGAACACUCAGUCGGCUCCAAAGAUCGAGGAGGGCACUGCAAUUGAGAAUGUGGUGGUUGAAAGGGAAUCUGUAGCUCUUGAUGCCGCCACACCUCUUGCUGCAAUAAACGAGACGAUUCAAGAUGAGACAAUUCAGGAUGCUAAGGAUGGUAGCUCGAUACAUCAAAUUCCAAGGCUGGACGAUCUAAUUUUGGAGGCUAUAACAAAAUUGAAGGAACCUCGAGGAUCCAAUCGCAAAUCAAUUGCUUCUUACAUAGAGGAUCAUCACUCGGCAUUUCCAGACUUGGAAAGGGAUUUGGCUGCAAAUCUGAAGCUUCUGACAGGAAAUGGACAAUUGGUUAAGGUGAAGCGUCAGUACAGGAUUGCUCCAAGUCCGAGGUCAAUAGCUUCGGUUGUGCUGAAAGUCAAAGAGCCACCGUUGACUCAAUUUGAAGUGAAGAAGGAUCUUUCAGAAUGGGAGCGAAACGGGAUUGUUCCUCUUACCAAGGCACAGAUUGAUGCUGAGCUGGAGAAGAUGAAAAGCAUGAGCGCAAAAGAAGCAGUUGCAGCUGCUGCAAAAGCACUUGCAGAAGCAGAAGCUGCAAUUGCCUUAGCUGAGGCAGCAGCAUUAGAAGCUGAGGAAGCAGAAGCCGAAGCAGAAGCCGCGCACUGCUUUGCUAAUGCAGCCCAAAAGACGCUUAAUUGUAACUUCGUCCAUGCCUGAAUCGCCGGUUUGGAGCAACUUUGUAACUCCGUCGUCAAAUUGUGGCAAUCUGUUCAUCAAUUUUUAACCAUGCUCAUAUGAUAUAUAGGUAAGUUAUAAAGUUGUAAAUAUAUAAAAAAAAUGUGUCCCAUGUAAUAGUUUGCAACUAAUUUAUCAACUCUGGUUUAUAUCAAACUUAGACAUAGAAUAUAUAGAUGGUGGUUCAAAUAUAUGUUUAUCUUUCAUGACAUAUAUUUGUUUUGUUAUAACAUUAUAUAUCAUGGUUUCAA